GUGGGUGGCGACGGGUUGUAAAUCCGGGAGGUUAGUUAACUCGGGUGAAGGUAGCAAGCCUCUUGGGCGCCAGGGUUGACUCAGUUCUAAGUGCUCCGUCAGGCGACCCGCGGUGCCUUAACUCGGAGUCGGAUGCCUAGUGAGCAACUCUAUAGUAUAGUUGUUCCCCAGGCCUCUGCUGAACACUUGAGGUCUAGUACCAAGGGGACGUUACCUCUCUCACACACACGUACACGCCCCGUUCACCCCAGUCGGUUAGGGGAGCGGACAGUUUUCGGGAGUGUGGCGGACCUGGGGUUUGGCUUAAGUGAGUCGACUGUGUCAAAGGGGGGAAAAAAAGGCGCCUUCGCGGCGGAGAUACAGGUCCCUACUUAGGGUUUCGGAGGCGGAAUCUUGCGCCCGGAGGGGGCCGCACAUAACUUUCCGAUCCGAAAAGCACCGAAAGGCGGAAACAAAACAAAACAAAAAACCCCCCCAACGAUCCGUCAUGCCAACUAAGCUAGGGGGCUCUGAGAAGGCAACAAGGCGUUCCGGGGGCGGCGGGGCCAAACAGAAGGUUGAGGUUCAAUUCGGGAGCUAGAAAGCGUAGAAAGAGGGUUUCGCGGGUAGCGCGUUCCAAGGGAGCGAAGGGCUGAGGAGGAACAUUCUGACACAGUUGCGCUCAAAACUAACUCUCACCCUGAAAGAAAGGAAAAACAAGCCAGGGAAAACUGUUGGCAAACUGGAAAGUAGAAAGGGAGGCGGGUGGGCGGGGGUAGGGGGGAUUCUGCCCAAGCCAAUCAGUGGCGCUAGGGCCGAUGACGUCACAGCCAAUGGACAGCCAGCGCGGGACUUUCAAUUAUUGAUCCGCCCAAUCGGGAAAAGACUGUGCCUAUAAAGACCGCUGCGGCGGGCUGGAUCCCGGUUCCUCUCCUUGCGCGUCGCUGCGCCGGUGAACUCGUGUCUCGGUUCGCUAUGGCCCGUACAAAGCAGACUGCCCGCAAGUCGACCGGUGGCAAGGCCCCGCGGAAGCAGCUGGCCACCAAGGCGGCCCGCAAGAGCGCGCCGGCCACCGGCGGCGUCAAGAAGCCGCACCGCUACCGGCCGGGCACCGUGGCCCUGCGGGAGAUCCGGCGCUACCAGAAGUCGACCGAGCUGCUGAUCCGCAAGCUGCCCUUCCAGCGGCUGGUGCGCGAGAUCGCGCAGGACUUCAAGACCGACCUGCGCUUCCAGAGCUCGGCCGUGAUGGCGCUGCAGGAGGCGAGCGAGGCCUACUUGGUGGGGCUGUUUGAAGACACGAACCUGUGCGCUAUCCACGCCAAGCGCGUGACUAUCAUGCCCAAAGACAUCCAGCUGGCCCGCCGCAUCCGCGGGGAGCGGGCUUAAGAAGUGUGCGCUCGGCUCGAGGUUCCAUCAUAUCCAAAGGCUCUUUUCAGAGCCACCCACAACUGCACUUGGAAGAAGCUGUGCCACUUGGCCGUGCUCUCCCGGCGGACCCUCGCAUACCCCGGGAGGAGAGGCUGUUAGAGCGGGCAGAGCGUUGGGCUCCAACAGAAAGGCUAAAGAAAGGCCAGGUAUCUGGCCUAGUCCCCUGCUUGCUGGCCGCCUUCCGGGGUGUCAAGAUCUUUGAGUUUGGUCAGUCGGAUUCUCUGGCCUGGCGAGCUUGCCGCUGCGUUCUUGGGCGCGGCCAGGGCGCCCAGUUUCGCUUCUUGGAGGCAGCCACGGGUCCUCCCGUAGGGUCGGGCUCUUCUAGGGCGUCUUCGUACUCGACCUUGGCCCAGAACUGUAAUCUGUCC